ACGCCAAAGAGAUCCGAUCGGGAGAACCACUUUUCAUGGGCCGCAAAUAUCCACUGCACCGGUGAUGGAAAGGAAACAGUCUCGGAUUGCCGAGAAUUAUACAUAAUGGCUGCACAGGACUCGGAGGAUAUACACCCUCCGUCUUCUCCACCGACCCCACCACCUCUCCCACCCUUAGUAUCGGUGUCACCCUCAUCUGAAGCCCAUGAAGAAGAGUCCGGUAGACAUUUGAAGGUGAAGAUGGAUUUAAGCUGUGUAAUAGGAUCCAAGCGGUAUCAGAAAGAAAUGCAGUUCCGUAUGGUUGGAGCCAUAGAGAAACGAGACCUGGGAAAGAUCCGUCAUCUUAUUGAGUCUGGGGUCAACAUAGACUGUGUUAUCCUCUAUGCUAAAACUCCCCUCAUCCACGCCUUGGAGCAGGGCUAUGACGAUGUGGCCGAACUACUGAUUCAUGCUGGCGCCAACCUCGAGAAGUCAGAAACCAUUGCCUGGCAACGUAGACCUCUACACAUGGCGGUUCUGAAGGACUCCCUGAGAAUGGUAGAAACACUGCUGAGUAGUGGAGCCCAGGUUGAUGGGCAGGAUGGCUGUGGUAUGACGCCCCUUCACCACGCCUGUCACCUUGGUUACAGAACAAUCGUGGACGUGCUGAUGCACAACGGUGCCUCUGUUCACCGUGGAGAUUACGUGGAGCGAGAUGCUCUACACAGGGCCAUCGAAGGCAAGCAUCUGGACAUUGCAGAGCUCCUACUCAAUUACGGCACCUCAAUACAUGGCGCGGAUAAAUACGGGUGGACGCCAUUAUUUGCUUGCGUGAUGGGUAACGAUUUGGAAGGAAGUCGCUUCCUCUUGCUACGGGGUGCAGACGUCAACUAUAAGGAUCACAAGGGGGACACCCCAUUACACGUUGCCUGUGACAGGUUGUCCAGGUCGAACAUACGGACUAUGCUGUGUACCUCGGUGGACUUCUAUCGACGGAUGAGACGGAUCCCCACUUCAGACAUCCAGCAGCUUCUCCAGGGAGAGAACAAGGCUCACUUUGAGAUGAUCGACUUGUUGGUUAACACUGGGGCUGACAUCAACGCCGUGAACGACUUCCAGACCCGCCCGUCCACAUGACACGUGAUCCAGUGGUGCUAAAAUACCUUAUUCUGUGUGGCGCACACGUGGACUAUGAUAUGGUGUUACUGACACAUCUGUUCGGAGGGGAAGCAGACUGCCCCAGCUGGCUUGAGGAGGAGUUUGUGAUGCAGACGACACUUCAGAGAAUAUGUCGCAGAGUCAUACGGUGUCACUUGCAUCACUCAAGAAACAUACGUGAAGCAGUGAAAUACCUCCCCUUGCCCAGAAAGUUCAUUGAUUACUUGAAUGUUGCUGAAUUCGAACAUCAAGUGUAACAUGUUUGCUGACCUGAUUGUCAGACUUCUUGUGUCUAUUUUACCUGUGCCUUGACGAGGAUGGAAGUAAAUGUUUUAUAUGUAUAACUA